UUGGAAAAACUGCUUGUUGACGUAUUUGGACAGGUCUCUAAAACUACCACUGGUGGCCGAGUUGGACCAGCAGAGAAGGCAUCCAGUCGUCUCAGAUAAGAAUUUGAAAAGGAUGACAGCUGAUAUUCGAGCCGCGGCGAUUGACCGAAUCAGCCGUCUACCCUGGAUGGACGACGAGAUCAAGGGAGAAAUAAAACGAAGGAUGGACAAGAAGCUUGUGAUGUUGAAUGCCCCCGAAUGGAUCUUAGACCAUGAAAAGAUGGACUUUUUCUUUGCCACGCUUGAAGUUAACCGGUCCGCUCCAUUCAUUGAGAAUUUCAUCAGUGCCAAGCGUUUCAACGAUAUUGUGGAAGCGACAACGUUGAUAGACAGUGACAACUUGGAUUGGCUCAGUUUUCUAAGACAACCACAUUCCAUUUUUACAAGCGCAGAGAAUCUCGUCCAGUACAAUGCAUUUGCCCUUUUCCCUGCAUUGUUCAGGGCACCUUACUACCACAAGUCAUCGCAAGAGUUUAUGAAAUACAGCGGUAUAGGGAUUGUCAUCGGUAAUGAAUUUGGGAGAGAUUUUGAAGGAUUUUCCCUCCGUGCCACCAACCUAAGCAAGAUAGAAGGACUGGAGGAAAAGGAACGAUGUAUGAGAAAAUAUUACAGGACGCUUGUCUAUCGAGGAUACAAGUCUCCUGACGUAUACAUGCUAGGUACAGCAGAUGUGGCGGGCCUGAAUUGGGCAUAUGAGGCAUACAGAAAAUCAGUGCAGCGUCCGAAUGACCAAGUGUUCUCUGUCCUUCCCUACACCCAGGAUCAACUCUUUUUCAUCAACGCAGCACAGUUACUUUGUCGACCAAGGGAUCCAACGAAUAAAGAUUACAAGGCAGACAACGAAAUACGCGUCCUCGGGAUGAUAUCGCAGACCAAACACGCUGGAAAGGUUUUCGAAUGUCCGCAGGGAUCGGCGAUGUACCCACUGCUGACAUGUGGAACGCUCUGAAACUGACAACGGAAACUCACAGCAACAACACUUACAAAUUGCUUCCCUUUGGGAAGUUGUGCACUGAGGAUGGAAGGCCAUUCGACUGAGUGAAGAAGUUUUCUAAAUUGCAUUUUUUUCUCGGAAAAUAAAGGUUAAUCCCUUCUUUCAUGUGAACAAGGGUAUCGUUUUUCAACAUUGUAGGUGACGUUGAUUGAAAAUUUUCUCAAAACUUCUGGCGUCAGUUUAUGUUUUUUCUUCACGACUCGGUGAUUUUGCAGGAUCUUGUAGGGGAGGGGGUAGACUACGUGUACUUCUUAUGCCUCAUCCAUUGUAAACUUCAGCUUGAGCUGCUGGAGUAAGCAUUUAUCUGCGUCCCGUUGGAAGAUAUAUGAACAAAAACCCGCAAAAAGCAACAGUGCCGAGCAUAUGCCGCAGCAAACAAUUCAGUUCGAGAUGGAAAUAUAGGCCACCUAGUUGACAAGACAAAGGUACUGAUUGAUACAGGUAAUGCACAGGAGUGCACAGACCGUGACAAAGAAAGAGAGAGAAACCGCCUGAAUUGACUUAAAGAUGAUGACACUGCACGAAUAAAGAUAUGGUUCGUAGUUAGAUGCGGAGAAUCUGAAGUAUCAGACACCAAAAGCAUAAUAGCAAUAUGGGUACUGUGCACUUAAACCGCCACUUAAAAAUUUCGGAGUAAGGAGUAAUUUUUGAAUAAUGACUUAUAACUCUCAAUGCUUUUGUAAAUAGAUACAAGAGUUUACAAUUUAUACUUUAUGCAUAAUGUAUAUUAACCUUAGGCUAUGUAUGGGCACUAAGAAUACACGACUUAGUAUGUAUGUAAUGUACAAAUAGGAAUAAUAUAGCAAUAACAUGACGUGACACUGCGGACCAGUUUGGGACUGUUCAUCUUUCUGCAUCUUACUUUGCGAAAUCGGGGUCUGGGGAAUACUGUGACAAACUACAUGCAAUGUAUAUACUUAGUAGUUUAUUUGCAGAAAUGUAAAUCUGAUCGAUUCGAUUUGACAAGUGGAUAAGAUCAUAAUGAUUAUUGCGCCAGAUUCGUUCGGGCAAUAUGUAAAUUUAAAAUUUGAAAGUUUCCAAUUACAUUUACCUGAACACACCUUGAACAUAAAACUCAACACUGCUGUUGCGUACAAAGAUAUAACGGAAAAACAGUAUUCAUGACGAUAUUUCCAACGCCCUGGCAUGUCUAGUUUAUAAUAGUGGUACAUGUACUUCUAUGACCAUGUUUAUUUUUGAUUACCAGCGGGUCACAUGUAGAAAAUGUUGGGGAACAAACCUAGCCUUUAAGUGAUUCAGAAACACAUGUAUAUAUUUACUG